AUGAUUCCAUAUAAUAAUCGUUAUACAAAGUCAUAUUUAUCUCUUGCCAAACUCAUAUCUGAUGAUUAUCAUGUCAAAGAGGUCAAUGAUGUCAAAAUUAUUUCAAACUUCCUAUUUUUCAAAGAUUAUGGAAUUAAAUUAGACAAAUCUACUGAUUUCGGAAAAUUUUAUAUUAAAAACUUCAAUAUUCUUACAGAAGAUACAAUUUACAGAGCAAUUAUGUAUAAUAACCUAGAAGCAUUUAUCUCAUUCACUGAAAGAGAAGGGUUUAAUAAAGAUCAAACACUUAAAAACGAAUUAUAUCCAUAUCAUUUUAUUGUUGAAGAAUAUUCACUACUUGAAUUAUGUUGUUACUAUGGAGCAGUUGAUUGUUUCAAAUUUUUAAGAACAAAAUUUGACUCAAAAAUAACUCAAACAUGUCUAGAAUUUUCAUUUUUAGGAGGAAAUCCAGAGAUCAUGAGUGAAUGUUUGAAAUAUCAAAAACCAAAUAAAGAUUGCAUGGAAUAUGCAAUUAUUUCACAUAACAUUGAUUUUGUUACAUUCUUGAUGAAUGAAUACAAUAUAGAGAUCGAUUUGGACUAUUGUGUACUGUAUAAUAAUCUUGAAUCCUUUUUGGUUCAUUUCGAUCAAACUAAUGAUAUUGACGAAUGCUUUCUUUAUUCAGCGACAUUUAAUUUUCCAUCCCUUUUGGAAUAUUUCAUUUCACAUGGUGCUAAUAUCAAUACAAAAAAUAAGAACGGAAGCACAGCACUUCAUAUUGCAGCAUGGAAUAAUAGAAAAGAAAUGGCUGAAAUUCUUAUUUCACAUGGUGCAAAUAUCAAUGAAAAAGAUGGAGAUGGAGAAACUGCCCUUCAUAAUGUAAUAGCACGGAAUUAUAAAGAAAUGGCUGAAUUUCUUAUUUCACAUGGUGCGAAUAUCAAUGAAAAAAAUAAAAAUGGAGACACGACACUUCAUAUUGUAGCACGUGAAAAUCGUAAAAAAAUGACUGAAUUUCUUAUUUCACAUGGUGCGAAUAUCAAUGAAAAAGAUGGAGAUGGAGAAACUGCACUUCAUAUUGCAGCAUGGAAUAAUAGAAAAGAAAUGACUGAAUUUCUUAUUUCGCAUGGUGCGAAUAUCAAUGAAAAAAAUAAAAAUGGAGAAACCGUACUUGAUCUUGCAGCAUGGAAUAAUAGUAAAGAAAUUGUUGAAGUUCUUAUUUCACAUGGUGUGAAUAUCAAUGAAAAAAAUAAAAAUGGAAAAACCGCACUUGAUCUUGCAGCAGCACGGAAUUAUAAAGAAAUGACUGAAUUUCUUAUUUUACAUGGUGCAAACAUCAAUAUAAAAAAUAAAAAUGGAAGCACAGCACUUCAUGUUGCAGCACGUAAUAAUAGUAAAGAAACGGCUGAAAUUCUUAUUUCACAUGGUGCGAAUGUCAAUGAAAAAGAUGGAGAUGGAGAAACUGCACUUCAUAUCGUAGCACGGAAAAAUAGUGAAGAAAUUGUUGAAAUUCUUAUUUCACAUGGUGCGAAUAUCAAUGAAAAAGACGGAGAUGGAGAAACUGCACUUCAUAUUACAGCAGCACGGAAUUAUAAAGAAAUGACUGAAUUUCUUAUUUCGCAUGGUGCGAAUAUCAAUGAAAAAAAUAAAAAUGGAAAAACCGCACUUGAUCUUGCAGCAGCAUGGAAUUAUAAAGAAACAGCUAAUGUUCUUAUUUCGCAUGGUGCAAAAGAAUAA